GAACUUCCACAACUUUACCGGUAUAUACCAGCCACUCGGAACCAAUCAGACUAUUUCAUGCUCGUCUGAAGCUCGCUCUUUCCGGAUUUAAGAAUUCUCCGUGAUGAUUUCUCACCCUUUCAUCAAUGGAGAGGACGGGGGAGAGGGAGGAUCGGCGUCGACGUCGAUUAUGCCCAUACUCUUGCCGCCAUAUUACAAUCAAUGGUAAAAAGCAAAGAUAAACCAAAGAUGGGGAACUGGACACGAUCAAGAUAUAUAUAUAUAUAUAUAUAUAUAUAUUGCCAUCAACAACCUCGAGCUCACAAUCAACAACUUGCAAUUGUUAAUAAAUAUUGAUCUUCGUAGUUCUGUCAAAAUUGAACGCAACAACACCAAGAAGCUAUCAACAUCCGCGCCAUCCCUGCUUACAAAACAAUCAACGCGAACGCGUCUUCCCGUCCACAAUGGAAUCCACCAAGACCCAUAAGGUUAAGGAUGGCCCCACAAACAUUGGCAUAGCCGUCGAUUCCGACGUUGUCAUCGAGAGAUCAGUGGAGGAAGCGGAAACCAAGAACGAAAGAUUGGAAGCGGUUCAAAGCGAAAGCGAAAAGCAAAAUGCGUUUAUUAUGGAUUUUCCCGACGGGGGAGCAAGGGCUUGGUCUGUAGCAGCUGGAGCAGCUGGAGUUUUAUUCUGUACAUUUGGAUAUAUAAAUGCUUUCGGUGGGUCUAUCGGAACCUCACAACUCCCGUUUGAUUUCUCAAGAUUGUUCAACCAUCGUCCCUCCUUUACAGAUAACGCCCUUUUUGAAAAUUGGCCACAACUAACCAUUUACUCAGGCGUUUACCAAGAAUACUACCAAACCCAUCAACUCUCCCAUCGAACCCCUUCCGAUAUAUCAUGGAUUGGAUCUCUCCAGGUAUUCUUUCUCUUUAGCGGAAGUGCCGUUGGUGGCCCACUCUUCGAUCGUUAUGGGGGAAGAACAAUAUGGCCUGCUGCACUUCUAUACGUCUUUAGCGUCAUGAUGACCAGUCUCUGCAAGGAAUACUAUCAAUUCAUGCUCGCACAAGGUAUUCUCGGUGGAGUAGCUACUGGUAUGACAAUGGCGCCUGGAAUGACAGCUGUUGGCCAAUACUUCAAUAAAAAGAGAGGCGCGGCAAUGGGCAUCACAGUCGCCGGGUCUUCAGUGGGAGGAGUUAUAUUUCCAAUUGCCUUAGCAAAAAUGUUUGCGAACCCAAAAUUGGGAUUUGGAUGGAGUGUCCGAAUUAUCGGAUUCAUUAUGCUUGCAGUCCUUGGAAUUUCCUGUACGACUAUCCGAGCGCGACUGCCCCCUCGGAAAAAAUCAUUCUUCCUUCCAGCGGCAUUCAAGGAGCUUCCUUAUAUCACUUUACUUUUCUCAGCUUUCUUGAUGAUUCUCGGUGUAUUUAUUCCUAUCUUCUACCUUCCAUCAUAUGCCGUUCAGUAUGGGAUGAGCACGGAGUUGGCUUCAUACCUUGUUUCGAUACUGAAUGGUGCUUCAUUCUUUGGUCGUGUUAUUCCUGGUAUUUUGGCGGAUAAAAUUGGUCGACUGAAUAUGUUAUGUGCGGUCGGCGUUUCCACUGGAAUAUUAGUAUUUUGCUGGCAAAGUAUCACGUCUAAUGCUGGUAUCAUCGUUUUUGCGGCCAUCUACGGAUUUUGUUCGGGAGCAAUCGUGUCACUAGUGACUUUAUGUCUUGCAAUGGUCCCUAAGAAUCCUCAAAACAUCGGAACCUAUAUGGGAAUGGGUAUGUUCGUUACCGCAUUUGCAGCUUUGAUAGGUCCACCUAUCAAUGGUGCACUUGUCGAACGUUACCAUUCUUUUCAUCAAGUUGCGGACUUCAGUGGUGUUGUGGUGUUGGUUGGUGGAUUAUCUGUUCUCGUGAUCAAAGUUGUGGAAGGUGGAAUACUGAAGAAGGUUUAAUUCGUGGAUCCAUGGGGCCAGAAACGAACAGUGCUAUUUUGCUUUCGCGGGACGGGACGGGACGAAGAAUGAAAAUGCAAAUGGGUUAUUGUUUACAGCCAUAGACAUUUCCCACUUUAUUUAUCACUACAUCGAUUGAUUUAUCUGCGGCGCAACAGAUACCCAAGAACGGUUGCUAUUGUGUUGCAUGGAAGCACGCUAAUGUGAUUUUGGACUACACUUCACGGGUUCUCUCCUUAUUUUUCUACCAAUCUUUAUUAUAGAAUAGUCUUCUUAAUCAUGUGAUAGAC